AUGGAUUCUUCUCAGGAGAGAAGCAAUCCUGGAGAGGAAUAAUAUGGCUCUAACCUGUGUGGAAAAGUGUUUGGUGAACACUCAUUUCUUAUGACACACACGAGAACUCACGUUAGACAGAAAACUUCUAAGGGUAAUCAGAGUCGAAAAGCCUUCAAAAAGAACUUUAUUCAUACUUUGCUCAAGGAAAUCAGUGCUGGGGAGAAAACUUCUGAGUGUAUUCAACAUGAAAAAGUCUCGAGUCAGCUUUCAAAUCUCAAAAAAACUCAGACACAAGGGAAAUCGUGUGAACACAAAGACUGUUGGAGAACUUUUGUGAAUCAGUCAUCGCUUAAGUUACAUAGGAGAUAUCACGCUGGAGAAAAGCCCUAUGUGUAUAAAGAACAUGGGAAAGCUUUCACUGAUCCCUCAUACCUUCCAGAUCAUAUAGGAAUUCACACUGGCAAAAAGCCCUAUGUAUGUAUGGAAUGUGGGAAAGCCUUUACUCGAUCCACAGGACUUAUUUUACACAUACGUAUUCACACUGGAGAAAAACCCUUUGAAUGUAAGGAGUGCGGAAAAGCUUUUAUUCAUUCCUCCUACCUUAAAAAACAUGUAAGAAUUCACAGUGGAGAGAAGCCAUAUUUAUGUAAAGGGUGUAGGAAAACUUUUACUUGUUCCUCAGGUCUUGUCUUACAUAUGCUAACACACACUGACAAAAACCCCUAUGUGUGUAAGGAAUGUAGGAAAGCCUUCAAUAAUUCCUCAGUGCUUGAUCAACAUAUGAGGACACACACUGGAGAGAAGCCAUAUGAAUGCAAGCAGUGUGGGAAAACCUUCACUCAGUCGUCAGGCCUUACUACACAUUUAAGAACACACACUGGAGAGAAGGCCUGUGCAUGUAAAGAAUAUGGGAAAGCCUUUGCUCGGUCCACAAAUCUUGUUAUGCACAUGCGAACGCACACGGGAGAAAAGCCGUACAAAUGUAAAGAAUGUGGGAAAGCCUUUAGAUACUCCACACGCCUGAAUAUGCACAUGCGAACUCACACCAGAGAGAAACCAUAUGAAUGUAAGGAAUGUUGGAAAACCUUCACUCAGUCUUAA